AUGGCAGUUAUACCUUGCGCAUUCAUCAACCUUGGCAAUAGUUUUCUGAGUGCGUCCUCGGAUCAUUAUUGUAAGGUUUAUGACAACCAGACAUUCCAUGACACAUCUCCGUUGAAAAACUGUACGAUUCCAUACGAUGCCGAGGACGAAGGGUGGGACUCGUGUAGUCGAUAUGACAUCAACGUUUCGAUGGGUAUAUCACCUGAACUGUGUUCACAGGAUUCUGGUACACUUGAAUGUGACAAUGGAUGGGUGUACGAUAGAUCGGUAUACGAAAAUACCGUGGUACACGAGUAUGACCUGGUAUGUGAUAAAGAUUGGAUGAAGCAGUUGUCAAAAUCGAUCGUACCGUUUGGUAAUUUGGUUGGGGCUCUACUUUGCGGACAACUGUCUGAUAUAAUUGGUCGAAAACCGGUGUUUUUUAUAUCGUUGAUAUCCUCGAUCGUGGUGGGUGCCGUAGCAACAGUUUCUCAAACCUAUAUUAUGUUUCUUAUUUGCCAAUUUCUUCUCGGUUUAUGUUCCACCGGAAUGUUUCUCGUAGGAUUUGUCAUCGGUGUUGAACUGGUUGGAACAUCGUAUAGAACUAUGUGUGGUAUCGUCAUCGAAAUUUUCUUUGCAAUUGGUUAUAUGUUUUUAGCAGUUAUUGCUGCAAUCGCCAAUGGACACUGGAGAAAAAUACAAUUUGUUGGAGCUGUGAUAUGCUUAAUUUAUUUACCGUAUUAUUGGUUAAUUCCAGAGUCAGCUCGGUGGUUAAUAGAGAAGAAAAAAUACAAUAAAGCUGAGAAGAUUUUACACAAGGCUGCCACCGUGAAUAAAGUGAAACUACCGGACGAUAUGUUCGAUGAUGAACGGAAGGGUAUUAUGGAAAAAAAUGAGGGUGCGGAAAUUGAAUAUAAGGAACCCCAGUAUACAAUGGCGGCUCUCUUUAAGACUCCAAAUCUACGGAACCGAACAAUCAAUAUAUGUUAUAAUUGGUUCGCCAUCAGUUUCGUGUAUUACGGGCUUUCGUUGAAUACAGCUGCACUCGGUACUAAUCCAUAUACAGCAUUUCUGGUUUCCGGUGCAGUGGAAAUCCCAGCUUAUCUUCUAUGUUGGUUUUUGUUGGAUAAGGUUGGUCGUCGUUGGUUGUUGUGUUCAUUUAACGUACUCGGUGGAAUUGCUUUAAUUAUAUCAGUACCACCCGAGAACGUGAAUAUUUCAGCCGCUUUAGCCAUGGUCGGUAAAUUUUUCAUCGCCGGAUCCUUCGCUCUUGUAUAUAUAUUUUCGGCUGAAAUAUAUCCAACGUCGGUCAGGAAUGCUGGCAUGGGUCUUGCAUCUACAUGGGCACGUGUUGGUAGUAUCAGUUCACCAUACGUAAUGUUACUAAUCGACGUAUGGUACCCUUUGCCGUAUCUUAUUAUGGCUAUUGUGGCCAUACUUGCCGGUCUUCUGACGUUGUUGCUUCCGGAAACAAACGGCAAAGAUCUUCCCGAUACAUUGGAAGAGGGUGAGCUAUUCGGAACCAAACAUUAUAAGAAAGACCAACCUCCGCAGACGACAGAAGUGGAAAUUCAGUGUGAUAUGGAUGAAAUGGAGCUUGGAUCGGUUACUGACAACCACUUGAUUUCAACUCAAAAGGGCGUUGUAAACGGGAGCUUCAAAAAGGAUUAG